AUGACCUCCACGCUACUGGGGACACUGCUGUUUGAUGGCAACGACAACCUCGUGGAGUGUUCCGGUGUUGGGCAGGCCCGCGUCGCGGAUAUCAAGCAAUUAAGUGUCGUCCCGCUGGAUAAGGAAGGGUACGGUGCAGUCAAAGUCAACGGCACGGACAUGACAGCGUAUCUGUACAAGAGGGGUGAAAUGACACUUGUGUCUUACCAGAACAGUUGA